AUGUUAUUCUAUCAAGUUCUUUUAAUAAACUUUAAUAUCCGUGCCAUUGUUCUCUUUCAUUUUUCUUUUUUUUUUAGUGUUUUUCCUUUCAGAACUCGUUUUUUUUUUCUUUUUUCUUCUUUCUUUCAUUCUAUCAGAUUUCUUUUGUUUGAAUUCUUUCAGAUUUUUUUCUCUUUAGUGUCCUUUCUUUCAGAGUGUUUUCUUUUUUCUCUCUUGUCUUCUUUCCUUCAUUCUUUCUUUCAAUUUUUUUUAGUUCUUUUUUUUUCAAGUUACUUUGCUUCAUUCUUUGUUUUCUCCAUCUUGCAUUCUUUUUCUUUCUUCUUCAAGGUUUCUUUUUCUCAAACAAGUUUUUUUGUUGGCUUUAUUUCUUUUCUUUCUCACCUUUCUAUUUUUUCUCCUUUUUUUUUGUUUUCUUCAUUUUUUUUUAAUAUUUUUCUUUCAUCUAAAUUUCCCUUUUGUUUUGACUUUUUCAAUUUUUUUAAAAAUGUUGUAAUCUAUCUUCCCUUCUCAUUCUUUUUCUUUUUCAUUCUAUUUUUCUUUUCACCAUCUUGUCUUUUUCCUUCCUUCUUUCUCACCUUUAUUUUUGCCAUUUUUAAAAAAAAAUCUUCUGAAUCUUUCUCUUCCACUUCCCUCCAUCCCUACCCGAUGCUCCAUGAAAAAUGGUCAUUAAAUCUCGUUGGCUCAUAUUCAUGA